AUGAAUCUACUCGAUCCAUACCUGAAAAUGACCGACGAGCAAGAGAAAUGUCUCUCCGACGCCCCAAGUCCGAGCAUGUCCGAGGACUCUGCGGGAUCCCCUUGCCCGUCCGGAUCUGGCUCUGAUACCGAAAACACCCGACCCACGGAGAACAGUCUUAUGGCUCCAGAUGGCUCUCUUGUUGACUUCAAGAAGGACGAAGACGACAAGUUCCCGGUGUGCAUCCGAGAGGCAGUGUCACAGGUGCUGAAGGGCUACGACUGGACCCUCGUGCCAAUGCCGGUGCGAGUAAACGGCUCGAGCAAAAACAAGCCGCACGUUAAAAGACCCAUGAACGCCUUCAUGGUGUGGGCACAAGCUGCCAGACGGAAGCUGGCAGAUCAGUACCCCCAUCUUCACAAUGCGGAGCUGAGUAAAACUUUAGGAAAACUUUGGAGAUUACUGAACGAGGGAGAAAAACGUCCCUUCGUAGAGGAGGCUGAACGCCUGAGGGUGCAGCAUAAGAAAGAUCAUCCCGAUUACAAAUAUCAACCCCGACGAAGAAAGUCGGUGAAGAACGGCCAGAACGAGCCAGAGGAUGGGGGCGAGCAAACACACAUCUCUCCAAACGCGAUCUUCAAAGCGCUUCAACAAGCGGACUCUCCUGCUUCAAGUAUGGGCGAGGUGCACUCACCGAGUGAACACUCAGGCCAGUCCCAAGGGCCUCCUACCCCUCCCACCACUCCCAAAACUGAAGUGCAGCCUGGCAAAGUGGACUUGAAGCGUGAGGGGCGCCCCCUACAGGAGGGCACAGGACGACAACUCAACAUUGACUUCCGAGACGUGGACAUUGGUGAGCUGAGCAGCGACGUGAUCUCGCACAUCGAGACCUUUGACGUCAACGAAUUUGAUCAGUAUCUGCCACCCAAUGGUCACCCAGGUGUGUCUGUGACCAAUGCCAGUGGUCAGGUCCCUUACACAGGCAGCUACGGCAUCAGCGGCAGUACCUCUAUCAGCCAGGCAGCUGGGGCCACCGGCCACAGCUGGAUAAGUAAGAAUCAAAGCCAGAGUCCAGGUGGCCAGCAACAACAGCACUCUCUGACCACACUGGGGGGUAGCACAGGUGAGCAGGGCCAAGGCCAGCAGAGGACCACACACAUCAAGACUGAGCAGCUGAGUCCCAGCCACUACAGCGAACAACAGGGCUCUCCGCAGCAUGUCACCUACGGCACCUUUAACCUACAGCACUACAGCACCUCCACCUUCCCCUCCAUCACUCGCACCCAGUACGACUACCCUGACCACCAGGGUGGGGCCAACUCCUACUACAGCCAUGCGACAGGCCAGGGCUCUGGGCUCUAUUCCACCUUUAGCUACAUGAACUCCACUCAGAGGCCAAUGUACACCCCCAUCGCUGAUACUACAGGAGUGCCCUCCAUCCCCCAGCCCAGCCACAGCCCGCAACACUGGGAUCAGCAGCCAGUGUACACGCAGCUUACAAGACCCUGA